AUGAUGAUCUUCUCUCCUGCAGACCAGCUGAAGUCGGUCAUGGAGCAGGUCCUGGACUUCGCUGUGUGCGAGCUGACAAAGAUCGUGGAGGCUUCAUUUGAUGACCUCCUGCUGGAGAUCACCAAGAUGGAGAAAGAGCAGCACGUCCUGGAGGAGAGACUGGACAAGAGAGGAGGAGGAGGAGGAGCCGGGGGGAGGCGGAGGGGGUCGGAGAACGACUCGGUGUCACCCAGCGGCUCUGAGGACGCCCGAGAGGAGCUCACUGAAGUCACAGAGUCCAAGAAGACACCAGAUAGAGACGACCCGGACCGCCCCCCCGUCCUGUCGGUCUCCCAGGACUGGGUUCCCAUCUUGGACAAGGUCUUCGGUCAGAAGUGGUGCAGCGACGUCUGGCAGAUCAAAGAGCUCGGGGGAGAUGGGGGAGGAGGAGGAGGAGGAGGGGGAGGUAGCGGUGGGCGGAGCCUCAGUGAGGGAGGGGUACAGCAGGUGCAGCCUCUCCCUGCCCCUUCAGUGACCCUAGAGCCUUCCCCCUCCUCCCCCCAGCAGGACCCCCGCUGGAUGCCGCUGGAGGACAUGGAGGUGUUCUCCCCCGACGAAGAGGACAGCCACAGGAACGCCGGGGGAGGGGCCAAGACCGCUGGGUCCGGACUCUCACCUGGACCCCCCCACAGCCCCACAGGAAGUUCAGGUCGGCGUUCGUCGGCGUCCAUGUUGCAUCGCCUCCUGACGCUGCCGUCUCAGCUGCUGGAGGACGACGACGAGGCCGCCGCCACCGCCAAGGAAACGCUCGCCGCUCUGGCGAUCGACGCGGCCAACGAACGCCGCGACGGCGUCGAACCGGCCGGCCAGACCUCGCUGUCACCCCUGGCGACGAGGGAGGAGGAGGAAGAGGAGGAGGAAGAAGAGGAGGGGGAGGAGGAAGAGAAAGGGAGGAAGAAGAAGAGGCGGAGGGUUUGGUCGGAGUGUGAGGAGUGCGGUCGGAGGUUCAGUCGAGUGUUGCUCCUCAAAGCUCACCGUCAGACUCACGCCGCCGACAACGCUGCCGCCGACACCGCCGCCUCGCCCUCGUCCCCGCCCAGCAGCGCCUCGGCGUUACGCUGUUCAGAGUGCGGGAAGAGGUUCUCCUCGGCGACCCGCCUCCACAGCCACAUCCGGACCCAGCACCCCACCAGCAGGUCCUGAACCUGGGCCCGGGGACGGAGCGGCUCACCUGGGGCUGAACUGGAAACAUCAGAGGACACAAACAGACUUAACAGAGCUUCAACAGAGUCCAACGAUCCACAGAACCGACACAGACCAGAACCACAGACACGCCGAGUCCACGACAUGUUGCCUGGAAACGGUUUUCUCAAGAUUUUUUUUUUUUUUUUUUUUUUUUUUUU